ACUAUAUAUAUAUUUAUAUAAUUGGCACAGAUUUUCUCAAAUCUGCAACAAUUUCCUUUUAGUCACGUAAUUUAGAACUCUAUCCGUCCAUGUCUGGUCUGAGCAGACGCAGCAACCGCCUUCCCACCUGUUUGUUUACCUUAGCAACCAUGGCAGAGACGGUUCAAGAUGUUUCUGAAGCAGAUAAGCGACAUCUCGUUGAACUCGUCAAAGAACUCAGACGCUCCAAUGCGGUGCUACGGGCAGAAACUGAUAUGUAUGAGCGGUAUAUAAGCCGCUUGGACCCCAGGGACUUGGUUCCUCAGCCUUUAUCAGAUUCUCUGGGGGCAGCUGCAGCAUCACAGUUGGAGAUUGGAGGGGGCCGUGGGAGAAAGAUGAAAACACGGACAACGGCUCUGGAGCAGUUACAACGUCUGACAUUGGAGCAAAAGUGUGACGUGGCACAGAGAGAGUUAGAUGAAACCAAGGAGGACCUGGAGAAACUGAAAGAGAGCUCAGAAAGAGUGCUCCACAACUAUAAGGCAACUCUGGAGGAAGCAGAUAUUCGACUUGUGGAGGUCAAGAAAGCAAGUUAUGAGUUUGACCGUGAUGUCGCUAAGGUGUUGAGGGAGAAGAGAGGUGUCAUGAUGGGUGCAGAGAAGGUCAUUCGUUAUUUUGAGGACAGGAUGAGAGCAAAGGACACACUGGUUGAGAAGUUGCGGUUGAAGAAUGCAGCUCUCCAUGUGCAGAAGAGGAAGUUGCAGUUACAGCUACGGCAGAAAGAGGAAAUGGGUGAAGCCCUGCACGAGGUGGAUUUCCAGCAGCUGAAGAUCGAGAACAGCCAGUAUCUCGAACGCAUUGAUGAAAGAAACCAGGACCUUCUGCGCCUAAAACUCCUGGCAGGAAACACCCUACAGGUUCUCAACUCCUACAAGAAGAAGUUGCAGAGCAUGACAUGUGAGUCAAAGCUGCUUAGUAGUGACAUCACCUCCCGUAAGGAGAUGCUGGUGAAGAUCGAGGAGGAGACACUGCAAGCAGAAGAGGAGCAUGCCAAGGCAGAGACUCUUAACAGGAAGCUGCGAGGCCAGCUGGCAGAUUUCCGUGUUCCCCACGUGCUGCAAUACAUCACAGCUAAGGCCUCCCAUAGCCAGCUCGAGCAGAGUGUCCGAGCCUGGGAGCGAAAAGUUGAGAUAUCUGAGAUGGCUCUGAAGACACACACCAAGACCUGGAACAAGCUGAAGGAAGCUGCAGGAGCAGGACCAGUCACAGCCCGGUGAAUCCGCACAUGCUUCCUAAUAAAUACAUUCUCUGCAAAUA